GGAUUGUGAGUGGGUGCGCGAACCCGCAGCUGCACAGCCUCUGGACGUGGGUCCGUCUAGCCUGGGGCUGGUGGUCCCAACGACAACUGUGGCUUCAGGAGGCGCGACAUGCAGAUGCCAAUCAAACUUGUGGGAAAGCAUCAAACGACCCAUGCGUUAGUUUGUCGUUUGUCACAUCUCCUUGAGUCGGCACACAAUGGCCUCGAUGCUAGUCGAUCCGGCACAGCCGCAAGCUUCACUUGUCAGGGUUUUCACCGCAUGGAAGAGUGUGCUUCUUGCCAUUACCAUCGGCAGUGGGAUCGCCCAGCCCUACGAUACAUCCACCACACUGGUCACAAUCGACCGCCCCGCCCCCAGCAAUGAAGCGGCGUGGGAUAUCGCCUCCAAGCUGACUCGCUGGGACGCCAUCUAUUUUGUCCAAACGGCACGCCGAGGCUAUGUCUACGAGCAGGAGCGGGCCUUUGCCGCUGGCCCAUCGUGGUUGAUGGCUCGCAUCGUGCAAGGUUUGAGCCUGAUUGGCCUUGACACAAGCACAGGGACAUUCGAGUCCCUGGCCGGCAUCGCCGUCUCGCAUCUCUCCCACCUUCUCUCCGUGCUCGUGCUGUAUCAGCUCUGUUUGGCCAUCAGCAACCAGAAGAAGCCCUCCUUCACCGCGGCAAUCCUGCACAUCAUUUCACCUGCAGGCCUCUUUCUCUCAGCCCCGUAUGCAGAGAGCGUGUUCUCCUUACUGUCGUUCUUAGGGUACCUCUUCCUUGCCAAAGGUCUCCUGGGAAAUCAAAAACGUAGGCUUGCUCACGACGCAAGCUUGGUCUCUUCUGGUUUGUGGUUCGGCUUUUCUUGCACCUUCCGCAGCAACGGGCUCUUCAGCGGCAUUCCUUUUGCGGUGGCCCUGUUGGUCGAGUUGACCUGCUCACCACCAACAUUGCCCAACAUCAGGCGGCGUUUCGCUCUUGUCCUUGGUGGCCUGGCGAUUGCCGUUGGUUUCAUCGCUCCCCAGUUCUCUGCAUAUCUGAGCUUUUGUGUGCGACCGAGUGGCGAGGCAUUGCGGCCCUGGUGCGAUAAAGCCUUGCCAAGCAUCUACACGUUCGUGCAAGAGCACUACUGGAAUGUUGGGUUCCUCCGUUACUGGGUGCCUGGCAACAUGCCACUGUUCUUGCUGGCUGGCCCCGUCCUGUAUCUCAUGAUCCGGUCCGGCAUCGACACCUUGCAGGCUCCGUCAGGGCUAGCGAGCGCGGCAUCAUCCGACCCAGGAAACAUUCAGGCCGUCUGGCUCGGACGCUCAAUGGCUAUUACACAGUUGCUCAUCGCCGGGCUGGCGAUCACGAAUUUUCACAUCCAGAUCAUCACGAGGAUAGCCUCGGCGUACCCAUUAUGGUAUCUCUGGCUAGCGAACAAGCUCUGCAACGGCAAGACGUCGCGCUUUGGCGGACACGUGGUCAUAUUCAUGAUCUUGUAUGCUACGAUCCAAGGCGCGUUGUUUGCGUCUUUCAUGCCUCCGGCAUGAACACCUUAGACCGGUUUAUCUCAGAACACUAGAUUGGACAAAUCAUUACUAGAUUCCUUGGUGGUUGGACAA